ACACACACACACACACACACACACACACACACUAUCCCCAAAGCCAAGCCCAAACCAUCAAAAAUUCUUUUUGUGUUCAUACUUCACUCUCUGUGCCACACACACACUUGUCUCCUCUUUCUCUCUCUAAGAAAGGAAAGACAAAAAAAAAAGUGAGUGAUUUUGAUGUAGAAGAAAUUGGAGUUGUGUUGAAUCCAUGGAGAGUAAAGAAGCUGUAAAGACCGAAGAUUCUAUCCGAUCGUCGCCAUUUCUCGAUCAGUUUUCAGUGGUAGGGAUGUUGGAGUUGGGUGAAAAGAGUAGUAGUUCAUUGGGGUUCAUGGAGCUUCUGGGUAUUCCAGAUUUCAAUCCUUCCAUUUUUGAUAUUUUACAAGCUUCUACUACACCAUAUGUUGAACCGACACGGAGUACAUCAGAGGUGUUGAUGAUGAAUAACCAGCCCACCACGCCCAACUCCUCCUCGAUUUCCUCAGAAUCGAGUGUUGCUCCCAAUGAUGAACAGAGUAGGGUUGUUGUUGAUGAAGAGGACGAAGAGCAUCUAAAGACCAAGAAACAGUUGUUGAAACCAAAGAAAACGAGUCAGAAGAAGAGGGAGAGAGAGCCCAGAUUUGCAUUCAUGACGAAGAGCGAAGUUGAUCAUUUGGAAGAUGGGUACAGAUGGAGAAAGUACGGCCAAAAAGCUGUGAAGAACAGCCCUUUUCCUAGGGUUUUGCGUUGGUGCAGGGGUUACUAUCGUUGCACCACAGUUACAUGUAAUGUGAAGAAGAGAGUAGAGAGAUCUUUUAGUGACCCAACCAUAGUAGUCACUACUUACGAAGGCAAACACACCCAUCCAAGUCCCCUUGUCCACCGCCCAACCACAAUCUCAACCUCAACCUCUGCGGCAUUCAUACCAGCUCGUCCUGGCUUCUCAGCCCCCAGCGCCAACACCAACAGCAACACCGCUUUUGCUCUGUCAUUGUGUCGUCGUCAUCAUCAUCAUCCAUUCCAAUUCAUCAGUAACAACAACUUGCCUCCUCCUCACUUGAACUGUGGUUACUUGAGUAAUUACCUUAAUCCCACUAGUGCUAGUACUAAUGCAUCUGUACUACUACAUGAGAGGCGUUUUUGCAAUCCAGCUUCUUCUGCUUUGCUUGCAGACCAUGGCCUUCUUCAAGACAUUGUGCCAUCAUCACUUGUUACAAAGGAUGACUAGAUAUAUAUAUAUAUAUAUAUAAUACAUAAAACAAAAACUGCAGCUUAUGUAAUUUUUAUUUUUAUUUUUUUGCUGAGUUAGGAGGGGUAGUAGAUGGAAACCCAAUUACUGGUAUGUAAAUUUCUUAAACUGACUGCUACCCACAAAGCCCUAUUGAUUGUAGUUUUGGCGUGGGUUUUUCUUCCAAUGGUAGUACUUGCUAGUUUAUAAAUUGGGAUUUCUCUC